AUGGGUGAAUAUGACACACUUUUCGCGAACCUUAGUGUUCAGUCGAGUUCCUAUCCAAAGCUAGCUACGACGCCACGUUCCGGACCCGUCACACCAAACAAGAGUCAAAGCUCACUGAAUACCCCUUUGCCUACAGUGUCAGGCGCCAGGCCGGAAGACAACGAGCGGCGACACAAAGAGCUCAGCGAUCGGGUCGAUCGUCUCGAAAGGGUCUUGGAACUUACCCGUCUGAGAGGCGGCGAAGAUGUCUCGAAGAGCACCAGCAACAUCCACCGUAACGACGCCGCUGGCUUCUUCAUGAAAGAAUGGGAUGAAAUGAGGGCGCAGGAAGCGGAGCAGAAACGGAUCAUUGAAGAAAAGGACCUCGAGAUCGCAAUGUUGCGCCAACAGAAAGACGAGAGGCCGCUUUCACAAUAUAACCUCUUCAAGAGUUGGGAGGACAAGAAUAAACUGCUGCUAGAGGAGAACCGCAAACUGAAAGAGCAGUUCCAAAAGAUGGAGAAUAUGGUGUUCCAGCAUAGGAAGGAGAAGGAGUCGCUGCAGCACAAGCACGAGAAGAAGGCAAAGCUGCUAAAAGCGGAGAGGAAGGCAACCAGGGAGCUGAAGGGUGAGAUUGAGAAGUUGAAGAGGCCGUCCGAGGCAGUGUCAGUGGCGAAGGCGAAGGAGUUGGAGCACGAGCGCCUUGCGGAGAAGGAUAAGAAGAAGAACCGCCGUUAUCAGAGGGCGCGUGCGAUAGAUUUCUCGGACCACUGGAAUGCCUUUGACAACUCCGAUAGCGACGCCUAA